AUGGAAUCCUACGUUUCCCUUCCAUACAUGGUGGCCCCCGAACUCCUUCCGGAGCCACUACCCACCAUCGAAGACAUCGCUGCCUCGAAAGAUAUUCUGAAGGAAAGAGGCGGGCUUCGCGUCGUCCGGAUCGGAAAACACUUCAUCGUUAAAUAUGGGAUGCAAGUGCAUCUUCUAGAGGGCGAAAACAUGCUGUACGUCAAGCACUUUAUGCCUGCCUCUGUGCCCACUGUAUACGCCAUCUACUCCCACCAACCUGAGGGCAAGAAGUAUCCCAUCAAUUAUAUUAUCAUGGAAAAUAUAUCGGGCCAGCCUUUGUCAUCUUGUUGGAGCUCUCUAGAUCGAGAGGAGAAAGCCAGAAUAGCUUGCGAGCUCCGAAAGCAUAUGAAUCGACUGCGUCAAAUCCCUUCGCCUGGUUACUUCGGGUCGAUUGGAAGGCGUCCGUUUUCCAAUGAUGCAGCCUUUUGGACAAUGUAUCACAUCGAUAAAUGUCCACCUAUGGGUCCAUUUGACACUGCCAAGCAGAUGCUUCUUGCCAUAGCCGAGGACGUUCGGAAUUUGAGGCAAGACUUAGAAACUGGCCGUUUAAUGCACGAAUUCUAUGAACGGGUCUUCCCAAUAGUACUCGAUAGUCAAACGUCCGUCUUUACUCAUGGAGACUUGCAGAGAAAAAACAUCAUGAUUGCCGACGAUGGGGCCGUCGUUAUCAUCGAUUGGGAAGUAGCAGGAUGGUACCCAGUCUACUUCGAGUACUGUCUUGCGAUGAGCGCAAGUUAUUUUAUGGAUGAUUGGCAUUCUUGGGUUCCUCAGAUAUUGGACGAGUAUCUCAACGAGUUCCCCUGGAUGGAAAUGCAUUUCCGGACCCGCAUCUUUUAA